GGGGGGCGGAGCGACCGCCGCUACCUCCGCAGCCCCGGUUGGGAUUUGAAAGAUUAAAAACUACCGGUGGAGAGGGCUACCGCGUUGAAUGUGUGGCGGAAGCGCUGGGGGCCACGGCUCGGCGCGGGGCCGGGCAGCUGGCGGCGUCUCCACACCAUGAAUUACCCGGGCCGCGGUUCCCCGCGGAGCCCUGAACAUAACGACCGGGGCGGCGGCGGCACAGCCUGGGAGCUGGACUCGGAUGCGGAGCCGGCGUUCGGCGGCGGCGUUUGCUGCUUCGACCACUUGCCGGGCGGGGACCCGAGCGACGACGAGGUGCCUCUGGCCCUGCUGCGCGGGGAGCCCGGGCUGCACUUGGCGCCGGACGCGGAGGACCACAACCACCACCUGGCGCUGGACUCCUGCCUUAGUGAUGAGAACUACGACUUCAGCUCCGCGGAGUCGGGCUCCUCGCUGCGCUACUACAGCGAGGGCGAGAGCGUGAGCGUCGGCUGCGGCAGCUCCUCGUCGCUGCACCCGCCGCCGCAGCCGCCGCUGGUCCAGUCGAGCGCGGGGGGCAUCGGGCCAGCGGGAGGGGGGCUCGGGGAAAGGAAGCGCACCCGGUCUGGCGGAACAGCCGCCAGGCACCGCUACGAGGUGGUGACGGAGCUGGGCCCCGAGGAGGUUCGCUGGUUCUACAAGGAGGACAAGAAGACCUGGAAGCCCUUCAUCGGCUAUGACUCGCUCCGCAUCGAGCUCGCCUUCCGAACGCUACUGCAGGCCACGGGUGGCCGGCCCCGGGCCGAGGACCCGGAGGGCGACCGUGUGUGCGGCCCGGCCUCCAGCUCGGGGGAGGACGAGGACGAGGACCGCGUCUGCGGCUUCUGCCCGCGCGCUGCGGGGCACGAGCCCGAGAUGGAGGAGCUGGUGAACAUCGAGCGGGUGUGUGUGCGGGGCGGCCUCUACGAGGUGGAUGUGACCCAAGGAGAGUGCUACCCGGUGUACUGGAACCAGGCAGAUAAAAUACCAGUAAUGCGUGGACAGUGGUUUAUUGAUGGUACUUGGCAGCCUCUAGAAGAAAAAGAAAGUAAUUUAAUUGAGCAAGAACAUCUCAGCUGUUUUAGAGGUCAGCAGAUGCAGGAAAAUUUUGAUAUUGAAGUGUCAAAAUCCAUAGAUGGAAAAGAUGGCAGUGGGAUCAGCUAUUCUGUUGUCUACCACCUCCCUCCCUUCUCCCUCCCUUCUCUGUUCAAAUGGAGAGGAUAUAAGGAGAGUACAGAUGCGGCAGGUCUUAAACGAAAGCGUUCUCAAGCUAUUCAUAGUUUCAAGUUGAGUCGAAAUCACGUGGACUGGCACAGUAUGGAUGAAGUGUAUCUUUAUAGUGAUGCAACAACAUCUAAAAUUGCAAGGACAGUAACUCAAAAACUGGGAUUUUCUAAAGCAUCAAGUAGUGGGACCAGACUUCAUAGAGGUUAUGUAGAAGAAGCCACAUUAGAAGACAAGCCAUCACAGACAACCCAUAUUGUAUUUGUCGUGCAUGGCAUUGGGCAGAAAAUGGACCAAGGAAGAAUUAUCAAAAAUACAGCCAUGAUGAGAGAAGCUGCAAGAAAAAUAGAAGAAAGGCAUUUUUCCAACCACGCAACACAUGUUGAAUUUCUGCCUGUUGAGUGGCGGUCAAAACUUACUCUUGAUGGAGACACUGUUGAUUCCAUUACUCCUGACAAAGUACGCGGCUUAAGGGAUAUGCUGAACAGUAGUGCAAUGGACAUAAUGUAUUAUACUAGCCCACUUUAUAGAGAUGAACUAGUUAAAGGCCUUCAGCAAGAGCUGAAUCGAUUAUAUUCCCUUUUCUGUUCUCGGAAUCCAGACUUUGAAGAAAAAGGGGGUAAAGUCUCAAUAGUGUCACAUUCUUUGGGAUGUGUAAUCACUUAUGACAUAAUGACUGGCUGGAAUCCGGUUCGGCUCUAUGAACAGUUGCUGCAGAAGGAAGAAGAGUUGCCAGAUGAACGGUGGAUGAGCUAUGAAGAGCGACAUCUGCUGGAUGAACUCUAUAUAACAAAACGACGGCUGAGAGAAAUAGAAGAACGGCUACAUGGGUUGAAGGCAUCAUCCAUGACACAAACACCUGCCUUAAAAUUUAAGGUUGAGAAUUUCUUCUGCAUGGGAUCUCCACUAGCAGUUUUCUUGGCAUUGCGUGGCAUCCGCCCAGGAAACACUGGAAGUCAAGACCAUAUUUUGCCCAGAGAAAUUUGUAACCGGUUACUAAAUAUUUUUCAUCCAACAGAUCCAGUGGCUUAUAGAUUAGAACCGUUAAUACUGAAACACUACAGCAACAUUUCACCUGUCCAGAUCCACUGGUAUAAUACUUCCAAUCCUCUACCUUAUGAGUAUAUGAAGCCAAGCUUUCUCCACCCAGCAAAAGAACCUACCUCAAUUUCAGAGAAUGAAGGCAUUUCAACAGUACCAAGCCCUGUGACCUCACCAGUCUUGUCCCGCCGGCACUAUGGGGAAUCUAUAACAAAUAUAGGCAAAGCAAGUAUAUUAGGGGCCGCUAGCAUUGGAAAGGGCCUUGGAGGAAUGUUGUUUUCGAGAUUUGGACGUUCAUCUACAUCACAGGCGUCUGAGGCAUCAAAAGACUCAAUAGAAGAUGAGAAGAAGCCAGUUGCCUCGCUCCCCACAACCACUGUAGCAACGCAGACCCUUCCACACAGCAGUUCUGGCUUUCUGGAUUCUGCAUAUUUCAGACUUCAGGAAUCGUUCUUUAAUCUCCCACAACUUCUUUUUCCGGAAAAUGUAAUGCAGAAUAAAGAUAAUACCCUCGUGGAAUUGGAUCACAGAAUUGAUUUUGAACUCAGAGAGGGACUUGUGGAGAGCCGCUACUGGUCUGCUGUUACAUCACAUACUGCCUAUUGGUCGUCCUUGGAUGUUGCCCUCUUUCUUUUAACCUUCAUGUACAAACAUGAGCACAACAAUAAUGCAAAACCCAAUUUAGAUCCAAUCUGAACUCUUGAAGGACAUUAAUGGCUCAAAACUGAUUUCUUUCUGUUAAAAUGUGUGUGUCAAGAUAUGAAGAUUUCAGGUUUAAGUGUGUUUCAGUUUUGUUUAGGGCAAGAAACAUUUGAAUUUAAAAGCACUUUAUUUAAAAAACAAAAAUAUUUUUUCAGUCUGAAAGAAAUUAUUUACAGUUUUCAUCACUUUAAUUAUGAGUCUGACAGAACCCCCUGCCGAAAAUCAAGCACGACCUGGAAUUGAGUUUAGGUAAACAGUAAGAUUAUAAAUCACAAUCUAAUUUCUCCCAAAUAUAAAGGCAUAUUAAUGAGUUGAAUCUAAUGUAUUAACCAAAAUAUGUUGUAAAUCUGAAAUGGCCAACGUCCAGUGUAGCCUAUGUAAAGAUCACAGGUGUUAUCACUGUUGUAGAUUUCCAUGAAAGCUUCUAUUUCCACAGUUCCUUUGAAAUAAGAGGAUAACAGAUUUCAAGUGUUUUGACUUUAACUUACUUAGAAAAAUUAAUGCUAAGAAACAAUGUUUGAACUACUGUAUUUAUAAUUUAUUACCUCUAACGGCUUUAUUUCAAUAUAUGAAACAUGACAUUUUUUAAAUGUUUCCUUUGAACAAUUUAAGAACCACCUUUGUUUUCUAUAGCGUUAAGUUCCUUUUUUCCUCAAAACUCCAUCUUUGUACUCUUCAGAUGAAUAUAUAGACACUGUGGCAUACUUUCAGUAUUU